GUUCUGCGGCUUCCCCAACCACACGAGCGUGAGCCAGAUCCUGUGCCCGAGCACCAACAGGUGCCCCGGCGAGGGCGCGCCCUCGUUCCCGCAGUGCACGCCGGGCGAGGCGGACGCCUGCGCCUGCGAGCAGGAGAUGGACGGCGACCAGCAGAGGAAGACGUGCGCGUGCCCGCAGACGGGCGACUGCUACGACUCGGUGCCGCCCGGCCAGGAGCCUCCUGCCGGCGAGGACGACCAGGCGGUGGAGGCCUUCGCAGAAGACCACGCGCCCGGCAGCGACUGCGCGGAGGGCCAGUACUGCGGCUUCCCCAACGGCACGAGCGCGAGCCAGAUCCUGUGCCCGAGCAACGGCAGGUGCCCCGGCGAGGGCUCGCCCUCGUUCCCGCAGUGCACGCCAGGCGAGGCGGACGCCUGCGCCUGCGAGCAGGAGAUGGACGGCGAGCAGCAGGCGCUGACGUGCGCGUGCCCGCAGACGGGCGACUGCUACGACGCGGUGCCGCCCGGCUCCUCGGACGCGGGCGGGUCCUCGACCACCAACGUCUCCUCGGCCGAUGGCAACUCCUCGGACGCGGGCGUGGACGAGGACCUCAGCCCGGGCCACCACUGCGAGGCAGAGCAGUUCUGCGGCUUCCCCAACCACACGAGCGUGAGCCAGAUCCUGUGCCCGAGCACCAACAGGUGCCCCGGCGAGGGCGCGCCCUCGUUCCCGCAGUGCACGCCGGGCGAGGCGGACGCCUGCGCCUGCGAGCAGGAGAUGGACGGCGACCAGCAGAGGAAGACGUGCGCGUGCCCGCAGACGGGCGACUGCUACGACUCGGUGCCGCCCGGCAUGGAGCCUCCUGCCGGCGAGGACGACCAGGCGGUGGAGGCCUUCGCAGAAGACCACGCGCCUGGCAGCGACUGCGCGGAGGGCCAGUACUGCGGCUUCCCCAACGGCACGAGCGCGAGCCAGAUCCUGUGCCCGAGCAACGGCAGGUGCCCCGGCGAGGGCUCGCCCUCGUUCCCGCAGUGCACGCCAGGCGAGGCGGACGCCUGCGCCUGCGAGCAGGAGAUGGACGGCGAGCAGCAGGCGCUGACGUGCGCGUGCCCGCAGACGGGCGACUGCUACGACGCGGUGCCGCCCGGCUCCUCGGACGCGGGCGGGUCCUCGACCACCAACGUCUCCUCGGCCGAUGGCAACUCCUCGGACGCGGGCGUGGACGAGGACCUCAGCCCGGGCCACCACUGCGAGGCAGAGCAGUUCUGCGGCUUCCCCAACCACACGAGCGUGAGCCAGAUCCUGUGCCCGAGCACCAACAGGUGCCCCGGCGAGGGCGCGCCCUCGUUCCCGCAGUGCACGCCGGGCGAGGCGGACGCCUGCGCCUGCGAGCAGGAGAUGGACGGCGACCAGCAGAGGAAGACGUGCGCGUGCCCGCAGACGGGCGACUGCUACGACUCGGUGCCGCCCGGCAUGGAGCCUCCUGCCGGCGAGGACGACCAGGCGGUGGAGGCCUUCGCGGAGGACCACGCUCCCGGCAGCGACUGCUCGCAGGGCCAGUACUGCGGGUUCCCCGACAGCACGAGCUCGAGCCAGAUCUUGUGCCCGAGCAGCGGCAGGUGCCCCGGCGAGGGCUCGCCCUCGUUCCCGACGUGCACCCCAGGCAUGCAGAACGCCUGCGCCUGCCAGCAGGUGAUGGACGGCGAGCAGCAGGCGCUGACGUGCGAGUGCCCGCAGUCCGGCGACUGCUACGACGCGUUGCCGCCGGGCGACUCCUCGACCGGCGCCCCCUCUGGAGACGGCGACGACGCCGCGGGUGCGGGCACGGACGAGGACACGGACUGCAAGGACGUGUCUGGGGAGUACGCUGGGCAGGGCAUGGAUGAAAUUGUCAAGAUCGAACAGAGCGGGUGCGACUUGGUCGUGGAGCUGGGGCCCUUCAGGAACACCGGCAGCGUCGAGGGCUCCACGGUGCAGGUGCAGACGUUCGAGGGCACGGGCGCGGUGAAGGAAAACGGUGACAUCGAGUUCUCGGACGGGGGCUACUGGCAGCGCCAGGGGCCGCUCGCCGAGGCGUAGCCCCGCGCCCGUGGCGGCGGAGGCGGCGCCGCGGGGGCGGCCACCGCAGUGCUGGUGGAGCGGAGGCGGUGAGCCGUUCCUUUCCUUGUUCCCUUCCAGCAGCCUGGGUGGCGCCGACAGCACACCUGGCUGUGCGCCGACCCUGGCUCCGCCGACCUUGGGCCCAGGAAUCGGGGAUCGAGAUCUCUGGGCGAUCCACGUCGUCAACGAAGGACUUUGUCGCAUGCAGGCCGAUCCUGGGCCCAGAAUCGGUGCUGGGGCUUUCCUUGCCGAGGCCUUGAGUGCGUAGACGGAGGAGGUGUACAGUUGGCGCCUUCCUGCGUAGUUUUUAUGUCGGCUCCGCCUGUGAACUUUUUGUUGUCAGAGGCCCGAGGCGUCGUGCGACGCACGGGUCGACCAGAAGCAGCAGCGAGGUGGGGUCUCUGGGAUCGGGCGA